AUGGAGUGGGAGUUUGUAGAGGAGAUGCUACAUGCUAAGGAGUUUCCUCAAAAAUACAUCAAAUGGGUCAUGAAUUGUAUUACAACUGUGCACUACUUUAUAGCUAUAAAUGGAGGAGUGUAUGGCAACAUUAAAGGGGAAAGAGGGUUGAGGAAAGGGGACCCAAUAUCCCCAUUACUAUUUGUUAUAUGUAUGAAGUACUUCACCAGGAUAAUGGGGGUAGUAGCUAAACAUCAGGGAUUUGGAUAUCAUACCAAAUGUAGGAGUCUGAAGCUCAACCACCUAUGCUUUGCUGAUGAUGUCCUGCUUUUCAGCAAAGGGGAUUUCCAAUCAGUACAUCUGCUGCUUAGGGGAUUAAAGACAUUCUCAAACACAACAGGGCUAUGCACAAAUGCCACCAAAUCAAAUAUAUUCAGUGUAAAUGUGAACCCUCAAAGUCUUAAUGAACUGAUUGAAAUGACUGGAUACAAAAAAGGAAGCCUCCCAUUUAGAUAUCUAGGGGUGCCCAUUUCAGCUAAGAGAAUCUCAAAAAUGGACUGUAAAGUUCUGCUUGAUAAAAUGACAGUACUAAAAGGCAUUACUACAAUAUGUAGGAAUUUCCUCUGGGAUGAAAAAGUUAUCACAAAUAAACCUCAUCUAGUGGCAUGGGACAUUGUUUGCAGGGACAAGAAAGAGGCUGGAUUGGGGAUCACAGAUUGCAUUAAAUGGAAUGAAAUAGCAAUUGCAAAAUAUGUAUGGAAUGUGGCACAGAAGGCUGACAACUUAUGGGUGAAAUGGAUAAACAACAUAUACUUAAAAGAUAAGGCAUGGUGGCAAUACAUAUGUCCAAUUGAUUGUUGCUGGUACUGGAAGAAGAUAUGUAAAAUUAGAGAUGAAUUUGAACCUGGAUUCAUACAGGAUGGAUGGCAGAAUAUAAAUGGACAGUACACUGUAAGAAGUGAGUACAAAUGGAGAAUGGGAGCUAAAGAAGCAUGA